CAAUUACAAUUUUACAUGUUCGUGAUUAGUAUUGUGUCUUCUCUAAGGUUUGGCAAUGAUCAUAGUCUUCACGGCAGUAAUGAGGACCUAAGUGGGGACUUGGCGGCUGCCCCACUUCAGGACUCUUUGGUGCUGUUUACUGAAACUGAUGUGACCCUGCCUUCUUGUCUGGAUGGUAGCCCUGGGUCCCUUGAAACUGAGCCAGACAGAGAGUUGCAGAGAGCUCAUCAACUGCCUGACUGCUCCUCGUCUUUAGUAGAGGUUUACCAGGAGAUGAUGACGAUCUACAAACAGCUGAAAGCAGAGCGACAAAGCCAGCAGCGGUGGGAGAAGGAGCUGUGCGAGCGAGAAAGGAGGCUGAAACAACAGGAGGAAUCUUUUGGGAGGCUGGCCAGGCUGGAGGAGAUGCUCCAUACUCGCAUACUGGCUAUAGAGGAGAAACACCUACACGAGCUAACCCAGCUGCAGGAUCUUCUUCGACAGCGGAGCAAAGAGAACAGGAGGCUCAAAUCCAGCUUUGACACCAUCAAGGAGCUGAAUGACAACAUGAAGAAGCAGUUGAAUGAGAUCAGUGAACAGAACAAGAAGUUGGAGAGCCACUCCAAGAGGGUUCAGGCUCGAUUAGAGAACCUGCAGAGGAAAUAUGAACACAGUGCAGCAUCAAGAGGCUGUCAGAAAGGGAGUGCUAAGACUACAGACAAUAUUAAACCAUCCAAAAACAUGCUAACUGCAGCCUCUGGAAAACCCAGCAACAAGGGCAGCUCCAGUACCACCCCACUAAUGCUCCUGGCCCUAUUAUUGGAUUGGGUACUUGAUGGGCAGACAUUCUCAUCAGCUGUGGGAAAUGCAGUGAAAGGUGUUGGCCGCUGUCUGCCUGUGGAGGUUGUGCUCAACGAGAGAUGUCUCAAGGUGCUGCCGUUAUUAGCAGAUCAGCUUCAUCACACUUCUUUGUCAGAACCGGACCUCCUCCUCAGCCUUCUUCGCCUCAUUCACUGGGCUUUGAGAUACAUGGACAACAGCACACAGCAUGUAGCACUAUCUGCUACUCUGCGGCGGAUAGGAGAGGAAGCGUCAAAGCCUGCAGCCCAGUCAACAGUGCUACAGUCUGCAGAUCCAGACCUGCCGAAGUCCUGCAGUGAGACAGCUGGACCCAUCAGGAAUUUGCCCCUUUACCAGAGCCCCUGUCCUGACACACGUAUCCUCUCCAUCCUCAUUAUCCUCCGUACUGUCACACAAGCCGAUGUGCUGGCCCAAGUUCUGGAGAGCCUCCAUACCGAGCUGAUGUCUGAGGAGAGCCGAGGCCUGUUCAUCCACUAUGGAGGAGUGUGUGUGCUACUGACAGUGUUACGGGCCAGCCGCGGAGGUCUACGUACACCUAUAGAUAUCCUGAUGCAGCUAACUGAACAGUCCUGCUACCUAAAUCCCUUCCUGGAGGUGUGUAGCUGUGAGGAUUUUUUUCAAACUGUGUCCCAGCUCCUUAAACACCCUCGUCUGGAGCUCCCAUCACUGGAGAAGCUCUCUAUCCUCCUGCAGAAACUAUCCAGCAUCAGUUCCUAUUUGAUGUUUUGUCUUUUUCUCUUAUACAACGAGUGUCAGGCUUGCCAGUGGCCUUAAUGGGUGUCUCAUGUGCUCAGGGGAAGAGAGCCUGUGACUGUGAAGCUUUUUAAUGGCAAUAAACAAAAAGAACUGAGGAACAUUACGAUUGGACUGCAUAUGAAAUGCUAAAAUCCAUAUGUUUUGUAUAAACGUGUCUUAUUUGUUUGGUCCAGAGCAUGGGUGGGUUGAUGAUGGGAAUAAUGGCCUCAGUAUGGGACACACUGGUCGUAUUGGUUGAUAGAAAGGAUUGGAGGGACUGGAACAAUUACAAUUGAUAUAUGAAACGCACUUGUUGAAAACCACUCGGAAGUGCUUGACUGGUCUGGAUUUGAGAGGCGUGCAACCAGUUUCUUAAGGGCCCUAGAGCAUCAGAAUUGAUAAAUUACCUACUUGUUAGUAAGUUUCCAAAACUUCUGUCUGAGUCAGGUUUCCAGGAUAGUGACAUGAAAAAAUUGCUGGAUAGUGUCCUUGGAUCACAUAUAAACUAUAGAAUAUAGAUUACAGCGUACUUGCACUCUGUCUAUGCAGAGUCUCUACGUGAUUUGAACAUAUUUAACACUGAUAAUGUCCUGAUAACAGGACAAGCUUCUUGAGAUGCAUUAUCUCAUUUUCAAGAAGAUUUUGACAAGUCACUAUAAAAAAAACUACUGGAUACUGCGUACAAAAAUAGAUAAACAAAAAACGCGACAAAUCGUAAACACAAUCAGUAACUUUGUCAUUAUUAAUUAAUUAUGAAAUUGAACAUUAGAAGUAUAAGCAGGCUGAGUAAAGGCAAGUUCUCAAUUAAAAAGAUGUUUUAGAUGUGAUGAAUUAUGGUUAAUUAUUUCAUUCACUAAUGUAACACAUUUUAGAUUUAUGUCAAAUUUCUGUCCAUUUCUAAAGACAUUUGAUGAUAAAGAGAAGUAAAAGGUUAAGAUGGAAAAAAUCUUAUUUUCUCCUGAAGCAGCAGUGUGACAAUCAGUGUUGGAGACUUUAAACCACCUGCUGGAGAAAAAAUUUAAGAACAAAGAUGUUUGAGCUGAAAUGUUCUGCCAAAAUAAAUGAAACCUGUUUUAGAUGCUUGAGUUGAAGUCAUUCCUUGAGUGAUUGCAGAUACUUGAAAACUGUUUGCAUCUGCACCAAGCAUUACAGUUGAUAUAAAACAGUAGUUCCACUGAUGGAAAAUGAGGCACACAAUGGUAUUGUAGUAAAAUGUUAAAGGUAUUAUUCAGACAGACUACCAUGGAGGCAGAUAUGCUUGUAGCAUCGUGUAACCCUAAAACAAGCUUAACUGCCACAGUAUCUUUGCUGUAUUUACUUUUCAGCAUUUUUUUAAAAAGUGUUUUUAAGUUUUAAUGUUACUCUGUAUCCUACAGUCUGCUGUGAUAAAGGUUCAGGAGGGAGCUGUAGCCUAUAGUUUUGCCUGUUUAAAGAUAAGGAAUGUUACUACCCAAAUUACUUUGGUUUCUAACCACAUCUGUUAUUACGUGGCAGGCACCAGAAAACAUGCAAGAACAAUGUUAAAAGUUCUGUUUAUACGCAAAAUGACUGGAAAACGAUUUCUUUUUAGUGCCCUUUCAAAAAUCAUAGCACUGUUGUAAAUAAGUAGAAUCAUUUUAUCCACAGGGGCUAAAUCUAAAUCACCAGGCCAUACAGGACAUAUGGGGAAAAACCCCCUCCAUCCUGCCGAGCACAUCAGCCUAGUUAAGUAUUAGUCUACCUUAAAUUCUUUGCUUGAUUACGUUUUCACUGCUUCACCAACUGUAAACAGCCACAAGCAAAGGAGAUUAUGUUAGAGAUAGAAGAGGAUUUUGCGGGCAGCACUGCUGCAGAGGCAAGUAUUUACAUUUGUUUGAUUGUGGCUGUUGUGAAUUUUGUCACAUCUGGAUGAUAUCAAAUGGCAACAACAGGCUUCAUGAUCAAUCAGUGGAAUACGCUGUAGAUAGAAGCCAUGUAAACACUCAUCCCGUGAUGACCAUUUUUUACUAAGCCACCCAGGUUACAUGCACAAGUCCUGAACCCUGGCUUUUGGUGGUGGGGGUUUCAAACAACAGAGGACACAUUUAAUUUGUUUGCAAUUUAUUGAAAGAUACUGAUAUUUUUCACAAACUGUCUAUGGUGGCAGUCAUCCAAAGAUGCAGUGUCAAGAUCUUCAUAUUAUCAUCCACCAUUUUCUUCAUCAUCCAUCUCUUCUGCCUCAGAGCAUGCCAGCACUCUAGACAGAAUACAAAUUGAUUGAAAAUGCAACUUUCCGCCUCCAUCAACUCAUCUGUUGUUUUGGCAAAGCUGAGCUAUUGAGUAGAGUGGUAACACAUGACAGCUUUACAGAGUUGGACUGUUCACUGGCUUAACAAAUGAAUGUAAUAAUGUCAGAUUACCAAUCAGUGCGUCUUGUUGCGAGCACAUGGCAGUUGAGAACAUACAGUUGGUGUAAGAUUGUGCUUACACCAAGCAGUGCAGUGUAAAUUAACUUGAGGGCACACUUCUGUUUGGCAGACUCAGAUCUCAGUUUUGUCCACACAAACGGUUCCUCUUUUUACUGAUGCCAGACUGGCGCUGAUUAAGGAUGACCUUAAAGUGACACACCGCCUUUUCACCCUCUACAGGCUUGAAAGAUGGCUGUAAAAAGUUUGUCGUUUCCUUCAUUAUGGAGAAAACUGCAGUCCAGUUUGAAUGCAGAUCAGUUACAAAGAUUUCAACACUGACUAUUAGAAACACCCCCCAGUACGAUGCAGUGCAGUAUAACACCGCCACUAAUGACAUCAUAGUGAUUAAAUAUGGUAAACUCAAAAGUUCACUCACUGGAUUUUUUGCAGAGCUUUUCAUCAUAUUCCAUGGCCUUCUUCAGUGAGCUCAGGUAGCCACACAAAACAGUUGAAUGCUGUGGAAAAAGCUACUUAGUGAACCUAAAUUUGUAUUCUCAAGGUAGAGACUGACCCUCCAGUCCAGUAACUCUUCAAAUGACACUUAAAUUAGAGCAAUCAAAAUUCUUUUGUUAUUGAAAAUUAAUCUGGGGUACUGACUCUUGUCCGCCUAUAAGUUUGAAUGAAAAUAUAGCUAAUUUAACAUUUCUCUAAUGUACACAGUAGUGACUCUGAAGAAUGUACUUUCACCAAAAAACAGUACAAUACAAACCUUCUGUCUGAGUUUUGAGGCUUUAUUAUGGUAUUUUGGCAAAAAACACUGGAACACACUGAGUACAUGGGUGGACAGUGGAGAUGAAGAGUACAGUUUUUAUUGAAUUUUUUGAACUUGUCAUGAUAGGAAUUUAUUGUAGCUGACAUGAAUUCAAGGUGGAGUAAUCUACAAACUUCUUACAGCUGCUUUUCAAGUCUGAAGGGAAUGAGUGUUUGACACUGAUAGAUUUAGGACAGAAUAUCAUUUUAACGAGGCCUUAUUGCCUAUAUGCCUACUUCAGGAACUGUCGAUGGCUGAUUUAUUUACUUUCAUGACUUCAGUUAUGUCUGGUCUGCACUGCAGUCGGUGUAGCGGUGUCUGGUCCGUGUUCCCUAACACACUUAGCUCUGCCAAUCUGCCCUGCACAGCAUCACCCACACGGCUUUAUACGCUGAUCUUGAUUUAUGUUUGGGUUUUUUUAGUGGACCAAAAUUCAGAAAAUUACUCUAAAGAGUCGCCAUUCUCUGGUCUGGCUGGUAAACCUCAUUAAAAUGUUAUUUGGUGGGGGAGACCAGGCUGAAGGGGGGGAAACAUAAGUGGUUCCACUUCAGCACAGCCAUAAAGUCAAGUCAAUCAGCAGUUUGACGUGGCAGACCACCAAAUGCAUAUCGUUUCCACAAGCCGCAAUAUGCAUAAAUAUGCUGAUUGAGUAAUGCAAUAAGCACAUAGAGGUUGUGGCAAUAUACCUGGCUGUAAAUGAGGUAGUGUUUAAAGGGGCUUUGAGUGGAAGCAGCUGUCAGGGGUUAUUCUUUGCAUGCGGGCCGGGAUCACACUAGUUCCCAAAUUUCAGUUUGUUUUCACCUCUUUUAUUUUCUUCCUAACAUUAGAAUGUUAAUCUUUUCUAUUGUUAAAAUAGACCAGUUUGUAUUUGAUGCUGAUUGUAUUUGAGGUGUAAAUCCUAGUUUAGACCAGAGGAUUUCCCUCCAUGUAAUCCAUCUAAGCAUGUGUGCCUGUGUCUCUAAACGUCUGUUUGUUUUUCUACUUUCUUACCAAGGGUUAUUACCCAAAAAUGCAGCAAAAUAAACUCAAAAAUUCCAGGA